UGUCUAAUGACUAAUUGAAAAAAAAACUAUUAUGGAAAUCUAUAUCUUUAUUUUAUGAUUUCAGGUUUUCAGUAAAAAUGGGCUUUCCCCUGGUCACUUCAACAUGAAGUUCUCCAACAAAGUGGAUGAAUACAGGGUGAAACGAAGAGAGAAGAUGAAAUUACCGGGGACAAAACGCCGACGUCUUAUCCUAAAACAAGAACGAGCAAUGCAAAUGAAUGCAUCCAAGGCAUCUGAGGGGUCCACCUAUCAACCAGAGAUUGGUUUAGGUACAGAGGCUGACAUUGAACAGAUUCCAGAUCCCAUUCCCAAGCCAAAUUUUGGUGCUGUCCAAAAGCUGAAGAACAUGGAGGCAAAUCAGACAAGGAGCUAUGCCUCAUAUAACUCAAAUUGGCGCAGUGGAGAUAUAGUCUGGAAAUGUGUUUUCAACCUAUCUUCUGCCAAAUAUUCCAAUAGAGCCCGGAGCAGAAGAAACAACAGGAAUAGUCUGUGA